AUGUAUGCAUUGAUCCUUGCGGGAAGCGAUCUAUACUCAUCAAAGAUAUGGGAGAUCACCUGGCUUUCGUUUUCUCUUGCCUGGGGUACCAUUCGCAUUUUUAUUGUGCGUAAUACUGGGCACGCUUCUACGGACAUUCAUCAAGAAGAGAAUAUUUGGGGCUUCGGUCAAGUUGUCGCUGUUGUCAUGUUAGCUUUGCCACUUCUUAGUAUCAUCGAGGCAUACACUUCCUUCGCAUCGAAUACAAUGGAAACGCCAAGGGACACACCAUCGCACACCAUGCCCCAUCCAGACUAUACGGAUGACCGACAACUAACGUUAAAUUUAGCUGCUGAUACAGAGGGUACUUCGCCACGCUGCCCAUUAAAUGCGGCACAACAGAUAAGGAACGAGCCGUGGUACUCAAAGCUGCUUGUGCUUUGGUAUUUGCUUUCCAUUGCUUUCGCAGCGGAUCUGUUAUAUUCGUUCGCGGCUGAUAAAGGCAUACAAUCUUUGGCCUCCUCAGGUGGUAUAAAACUUCAAGUGCUACAAUACCUCGUGUGGGGACUUCUUAAUCUUGCGAUCUUGUUUCUCUCCACACUUCUCUUUCUCGACAAAGACCUCAACAGAUUUUGGGAACAGUGGAGCUUGGGUAAAUACUUAUCCAAGAAAAAACUAGUUUCAGGUAUUCUAUGGGCUGUCAUCAUCACUGUCCUGGUGGGGGUUUCGGUUUCCUGGGAUGUCGACUACGAAUAUGUAACUGAUAUGCCUGGAUUAGUGCCAGAGUGGUAUUAA